AAGUGAAUUCUUUAUUCUUUGCCACAAUCUGAGUGUUAGAAUGAUUCGAUUCUUGAUUCUUGCCACCGUGAUUCCUGCAAUUCUGGCUACGCAGGGACUCUUGAGGUGCAAUUCAGGUCACGAAAUGCCAACGAGAACUACCGUUGUUGGCUGCGAUAGUACUCCUUGCAAUGUUCAGUUGGGUCAAAGUGCACAAAUGGAAAUAAUUUUCACAGCUCCACGAGAAAUUACAACACUGACACCUGUGGCCACGGCCUUUCUCCUGGGUAUCGGCAUACCCUACGAACUGCCUCCGGAAAUACAGAGGGGAUGUGAUCACAUUGCGAAUGCUAGAUGCCCAAUAGCAGCCGGAACGACGGUGACGUACAAUUUUGAACUGCCCGUGAGUGCAAAUUAUCCAGCUGUGCGCAAUAUGCCCGUGGAAGUUGCUCUACAAGAUAGCCAAGGAACAUUCAGCUGUGUCCGGGUCACGAUCACAGCGGUACGUGGAUAGAAAGACUGCCUCACUAACCAUGAUAACAUAAUUGCGAUAUCAACUCUAAUCAAUGGAUUUACUCUAAUACCAUUAUUGGUGACACCUGUUUAUCACUUUACGACCUCCCACAAUAAAUUUUACUGUAUUCAAUCUCAA